AUGCGGCAGAUUGUCUCAAACCAGACGGUUAAAAUACCGAAAGAUGUUACUAUAUCAGCCAAGUCCAGAAAAAUUACUGUAAAAGGACCUAGAGGUGUUCUAACGAGGUCUUUCAAGCAUUUAUCUUUGGACAUUUAUAUGGUUAACAAAAGCCUAAUUAAAGUUGAAAAAUGGUUUGGGACGAAGAAAGAAUUAGCCUCAGUUCGUACUGUCUGCUCGCAUAUUGAAAAUAUGAUUAAAGGAGUUACAAAAGGUUUUCAAUAUAAAAUGAGAGCUGUUUAUGCCCAUUUUCCCAUUAAUUGUGUGACUACUGAAAAUAACAGAGUUUUGGAAAUAAGAAACUUUUUGGGUGAAAAGUUUAUUAGAAAAGUUAAAAUGUCUAAGGGUGUUACUGUUAUCAAUUCUCCCAAGAUGAAGGAUGAACUGAUUAUAGAAGGAAAUUCUUUAGAAGAUGUUUCUAGAUCAGCUGCUCUUAUUCAACAGUCGACCACUGUCAAAAAUAAGGAUAUCAGAAAGUUUUUAGAUGGUCUUUAUGUAUCUGAAAAAACUACAGUGGUUCAAGAAGAAUAA